ACUUGCCACUUGCCAGUUGCCAGCGUCGGACCACUUUAAUUCCUUCUCUUUGAAGAGAGAAGCCUCUUUUUGCGUUUUCUCUCUCCUCCUCUUUCUUCCCAAGUUCUUCAAGGGUCUUCUUCAUCGAAGUCGAAACCCUCUUCAAACUCCUUGAAAUCAUCAUAAAUCACGCUAAUCUUUUGAGAAUGCACAAGUAGAUACAUACAUAGAUAAAUGAUGAAUCCUCAGCAGCAAGCUCUGAUGCAGCAACAGUCUCUUUUUUACCCUACCCUUCUUGCAGCUUCUCAGAAAUUCUUGUCUCAACAGGUGGUGAGUGAAUCUAGGAACCCAGGCAUUGUUGGUUGUACACAUUCUGGAUCUUUCUCUGCAGAAGAUAAUUCACGAUUUGAUGCUUCUCAAUAUGAAUUUUUUGGUCGAAAUGUUGGUGAAGAGGUUGAGUUGGGGGGCCUAGAAGAUGAUCGAGAUGACAUAUCUGUAGUUCCCUUGCAUACCGAUGAAUAUCACUUGUUUAAUAAAGAUGAGGGGCAGGAUGUUAGUUUAGCAUCUUUGUCUGAAGCAGAUGAUCUGGAAACAACAUACUUGAAGCUGAACAGAGCUGUGACGGGACCAAGGAAUCCUGGGGUUAUCGGUGAUAGAGGGUCUGGAUCUUUGUCAAGAGAAAGUUCAUCUGCUGCGGAUUGGUCAAGGGAUGGCUGGUUGGACCAUGGUGUGGGGGAUGUUGACAAUGGUUUGGAAAAUAAAAGGUGGUCCUCUCAGCCCCAUUGCUUAUCUAAUCAUCCCGGUGAAUAUAAACCUCUGCAUAGAGCAUUGUCUUACCCGGAGCAGCAAUUACAACAGCAGCAGUAUCUUCAGCAACACUUCUCAAGCGAAACAAUGUCAUCUCCUAAAUCAUCUUUUACCUCUUUUCCUCCUCCUGGAGGCAGAGCUCAGCCGCCUUUGUCUCAUCGCCAUUCACUUCCUCUAAAUAUCUCAUCUCUGAAUUCUGGUCCUGAUCUAACUCUCUCUGCUCCAAAUCUGUCACCUAUGUCUGAUUCGGGUCGUCAGUUCUCUGGCCUAUCUAGUGCCCAAGGAUUACGAUAUGGUGGAAGCUUUUCAGGUAUAACACCUGGUCAUGGAAUCAGUAACCAGCCACGAAGCCAGUGGAGCAACCAUGCUGGUUUAUUACAUGGGGAUCAUUCUAGGAUUCUCAACAAUGUUUUGCAACAGCAUUUUACUCAUCAAAACGGUUUACUACAUUCUUCGCCAUUGGUGUCGCCACGGCGACAGCUGCAACAAGGACUACGUCAGUCGCUACCAUCACUGGCACAUUUUUCAUUGUUGCAGUCCCAGCUCAUUGGUAGCCAUCCAUCACUGCCCACUCAUCUUUUGAAAAAGUACGACACAGCAUAUGCUAUUGGUGAAACAAGGGAUCAAAGACCUAAAUCAAUGCGUGGUAAGCAUCAUCGUUAUAGUCAGCAAGGAUCUGAGUCUGCUAGCCAGAAGAAUGAUUGCAUUCAGUUCAGAUCUAAGUACAUGACCGCUGAGGAGAUAGAUAGUAUACUGAAGAUGCAGCAUACUUCUCACAGCAAUGACCCAUAUAUAGAUGAUUACUAUCACCAAGCUUCUGCUGCAAAAAGAUCAUCAGGUACAAGGCUGAAACAUCACUUUGCUCCACUUCAUAUGCGUGAUCUACCUUCUCGUGCGCGUAAUAGUGGUUCUGAUCAGCAUGGUCAUCAGUCAUUUGAUAGCUUGAGAAGGUUGGCCUUGUCAUCCAUUCGGAGGCCUAGACCUCUUCUUGAAAUUGAACCCCCAUCCUCAGGAUGCAAUGAUGGUAGCACAGAACGCAGGUCACUAGAACAAGAACCAAUGUUUGCUGCCAGAAUCACUGUUGAGGAUGCUUUUACUCUUCUUCUUGAUGUAGAUGAUGUUGACCGCUUUUUACAAUUUAGUCCACCCCAAGAUGGUGGUUCUCAACUUAGGCGGAAACGGCAGGUUCUGCUAGAAGCCUUGGCUGCAUCCCUUCAGCUUGUCGAUCCUCUUGGAAGUGGGGGACAUUCAGUUGGUCCAGGGGAUGAUAUUGUGUUCAUGCGGCUUGUUUCCCUUCCGAAGGGUUGGAAGCUUCUCGCCAAGUAUCUCGAGCUUCUUACAGUUGGCCCUGGGCCUGCAAGUGAGCUGGCUCGAAUUGUCUGCAUGGCUGUUUUCCGGCAUUUAAGAUUUCUGUUUGGUGGUCUUCCAACUGACCCUGGGGCUGCUGUGGCCACUGUAGAUCUUGGAAAGGCAGUUUCAACUUGUGUCAGUGGCAUGGAUCUCCGAGGUCUGAGUGCUUGUCUUGCUGCUGUUGUUUGUUCUACGGAGCAGCCGCCACUCCGUCCUCUUGGAAGUCCUACAGGAGAUCUUGCUUCUGUAAUCUUGAAGUCACUGCUUGAAAGAGCCACCGUGCUAACCAAACCAAAUCCACAAUCCCCUGGCAGCUGUAAUAUUCCUCAUUAUAACUUCUGGAAAGCUUCUUUCACAACGUUCUUUACUCUGCUCACAAAGUACUGUGUUAGCAAGUAUGACACUAUAAUACAAUCAAAUUCUGAAUUUUCAAGUUCUGAAGCAGCAAGGGCUAUCCGCAGAGAGAUGCCAGUGGAGCUCCUACGUGCAAGUCUUCCUCACACCGAUGAGCACCAGCGGAGGAUGUUGAUGGAUUUUGCUCACCAAUCUAUUCCGUUUUCUGGCACUGGAUUCAAUCUUCGUGAUGAGGAAAACAGUGGCUGGAUAACUUCAGAAUCGGUUAGGAGUUAGGAGGGGCAUGAUUAACUGAGGCAUAGCCAUGUUGGUUGCAACAUGAAUGAGAGGUUUGACAUGGGAAGGUUCUAUGUUGCUUUUGCUCCGAAUGGCUUCGUUGUGUUGGGAAGUGGUUGCGAUAAGUGCCAUCUGGUUUAUUUGGGUGGUGUACUUGUUUGACUUUGUGGAGUCACAAUUAAUGCCUAUUUGAAUGAACUGAGUGUUCCUAUUGUGUAUAAUUCAGAAAAAGUUCAUGUGGUCGAAAAUAGUGAUGUUUCCUCUUGUGCAGGGCCUUAUUUUUGGAGCCCUGUUAACCCUUAGGACAGAACUAGCAUCAUAGGGGUUGAAAUUGUACAGAAUGUAACCGAAUUGAUUUUCCUUCUGCCUUUCUUACAGAUUGUUCGACUAUGUUGCUAUUGUUAAAGAAGGGCCCUGUGUAUUUUAGUCAGAAAAUAUCUCUAGUCAGCAUAAUUUAUGAAUUUAUGCUGUUGCUGUUCAAGUCCCACCUAUUUGUUUGAAAUUAGCUAUGUAAUUUCAGGUUAAAAUGUUGGCUAAAGAUGUUAGUUGAGAUUAUUGCUUUUUGA